AUGUCUAGAAACCUUUCAGACCACCAGAAAGGCGCCCAGGAUGUCAGCCUUGAGGCACUGCAAAACAUCUUUUAGGACAGACAACAUCAGAUUUUUCUCAUGGCACUGGGUGCUGUUGUGCUUUGGGAGCUGUUGACUGCUUCUUCGGAGUGGGCAGUGGAUGAGAGUCUCUAUGAGUACCUUGACUCAGUUGAUGCAGCUGACAGGUAUGGCCAGCUGUGGGUUUGGAGCUCCCUGGGUGGGUCUGUAGGUGCCUGCAGCGUUGCCGUGCUGGUGGACCAGCUGGAUUGCUUCCCCAGCAGCACAACCCCCCGCCUAGCUGUCCACUUCCACAGCGACGCUCUCCUGACGACCCUCUCACUGGGUGUCACUGCCUUUCUUCCCACCCACGUUCCCAAGGGAACUGAGCAUGUUGGCACAACCUGCAGAGCCCUGGCCCUGCUGUGGAGCGACGGCCGCGCCAUCCUGGGCUCCAGCACCACCUUCCUCAGCGGUGCCGCUGGCUCUGCCCUGCACAACGUCCUCUUCUAGCAGAUGCAGGACCAAGGCAGCAGUGAGCUGUACGUGGGGCUCUCUGCUGAGGUUUUGCUUUAUUUCUUCAAAGGGAAGUUGCUGAGGACUUUCUCCAACAGUAAAAUUGUUGCAGCCAGUCUGAGCUUCCAGGCAGGACAGCUUCUGUGCUACUCCUUCCUGGGGACUGCCUGGUCAGUUCUCCUCAUCCAGAUGUUAUCUGCCUUCAGUGAGGGUGCUUUGUGGUGGGUGGUGAAGGUGACAGUGGAUGGCAUAGCCACUCCAGGCAUGGAGAGGGCCCUGCACUCUCUUCUCCAGGGCCUCUGCUAUGGUGGAGGAGCAAGCUUGGGCAGCUUUGCAGGAGGAUUUGUUGUGCAGAGCUUUGGCCUGGCAGUUCUGUACCGGGCAUGCUGCGUGUGCCUGGUGCUGUGGCUCCUCUUCUUCCUCAUUGUCCAAUCUAAAUUGCCACAGCAGAAAAAAAUUAAUUAUUCUCGUCUCCUGGCUUCUGAUUCCAGUGACAUGAGUGACUCUGAUGAGGAGAAUGAGAAGGUCUGGCUGGUGAAAGCUAUGAAGGGUGAAAGCUUUAACAGGAACUGGUCACAACAGCAUGGGAUCAAAUGA